CAUUUUCUGUCAACAGAAACUCUCCGGAACAUUCUCUCCUCCAAUCUAGCUCCUACGCCCACUGUGUGUAUCCAACAACAACAACCAGCAAAGCUUUGAUCUGAUAAGAUGGCGAGCAUCAGCAACGAGCCGGAGCGCGAAGAAGAGUCCGGAGCCAACGAGGACGAAGACACCGGCGCUCAGGUCGCUCCCAUCAUCAAACUCGAAGAAGUCGCCGUCACCACCGGCGAAGAAAACGAAGAUGCAAUCCUCGAUCUGAAAUCGAAGCUGUAUAGGUUCGAUAAAGAUGGGAGUCAGUGGAAGGAGAGAGGAGCUGGUACUGUCAAGUUCUUGAAGCAUAAGGAGUCUGGGAAGAUCCGUCUCGUUAUGAGGCAGUCCAAAACUCUCAAGAUCUGUGCUAAUCAUCUCGUUACGUCGGGGAUGAGUGUUCAGGAACACGCUGGGAAUGAUAAGUCUUGUGUGUGGCACGCUCGUGAUUUCUCCGAUGGGGAGUUGAAGGAUGAGCUUUUCUGUAUCCGCUUUGCUUCAGUUGAGAACUGCAAAGCAUUUAUGCAAAAGUUCAAGGAAGUUGCCGAUUCUGAAGAAGAGAGUAAAGAGGCUUCUGAUACUGCUGGUCUUCUUGAGAAGUUGACGGUAGAAGAGAAGGACACCGAGGAGAAGAAGGAAGAGAAACCAGUCGAGAAGGUAGCAUCAGCAGAAGAGGCAGAGAAAGCUGUUGAAGAAAAGAAAACUGAGGAGUCUGUGCCCUCUGCGUAAGAUGCAUGCAUAGAUACAACGAACACACGAGGCUAGUUAAUUUACAGCCUGAUAUGUUUUAAAUCCAUCGCAUAACUUGGCUUUCUUUUCUUUUUCUUGAAAUUGAUACAUGUUCUGUCAGUGUCACCAUGUUCACUUUCUGAGUCGUGUUGAGUCUAUAUGUUAGUGUCACAAGAGUAUCACAUGUGACAUUUACAUAUGACAGAUUCUGGGGUUGUUUUGGGAUUCGUUAUGUGGAAAGAAUAUCCCUUUGUUUUGAUUUUACAAUAUGUAUGCAUUGGAUUGUGUUUUUUUU